AGAGUGAGGAGAUCAGACAUGGUGGCUGAUGGGAAACACAGACAGAAAGGGAGAGAGCUGGAGAUGAUGUGUGUCAUGCUGGUUGAUCCAUCCUUCCAUGCUGGCGGAUGGAGUACCACAGGGAUUAUCCCCCCUCCUCUCCUCAUAAACACAGAACCUCACAUUCAACAUCUCAAAGUGCUCUCCUACAGCUGCGGCCAUGUUGAUGCAGAUAGCGCUGACAAAAUACAAGAGCAGCACAGCUCUAUCCUCUCAGCUAUCAAGAGGGCAAGGGAAGAAGAAAUACACACUGUCCCUAUCAGUGGGUGA